AUGGCAUCUCAUUACCGUGACUCUUUGAUUUUGGUGUUUACUGUUGUUGGUAAUAAUUGUAUUGUUGUUGAUAAAAAUAAACAUGAGCAAGAAAGUCUAGAAAACAUCCAUCAAAGGUACAACAUUCUGAAAAAGAAUAACAACUUAUUGGAACAACUUUUAACAAAUAAGUCUUUAGAAUGUGAUAGCUCCAAAAAUACAACAUUUCAGCCUAAAAAGGAACUGGGCUCAUUCUCUAUAAAAAAGAAGAGUUGUUGUGACAAAAAUAAAGCCACUUCAAAAUCUGUGGAAAGUAAUUUCCUUCAAUCCCAGGUCUAUCCAGAUUAUUACUGGAUUGGCUUAUCAUAUGACAGUGGGGAAAGGAAAUGGAAAUGGACCGAUGAUGGCACAUCUGAAAU